AUGGCUAUGGGAGACACAUCAGAAACCACAGAAACCACGAGUGGAGUUACCAGUUAUUUAGAUUACAAUCAUCCAUUGUAUUUGCAAUCAUCAGAUACUCCUGGAGUUGCUUUACAUUCAAUUCAACUUAUAGGACCAGAAAACUAUGCAUUAUGGAGUAGAUCCAUGAGAUCAGCCUUGUUGGUGAAGAACAAGCUAGUACUGUGGCACCAGAAUUUGUAUCAAGUAUCAUGUAUGCAUCAAAUGCAAGAAAAGUUGAAGGAUUACUGGGAUAAGUUGGAUGUGUCAAUUCCUCCACCAUGUAGUUGUUAUGAGGCUAAGCCUUAUGUGGAGCAUACGAGAAAUGUGAGAUUGUUGCAAUUCCUUGUAGGAUUGAAUGAAAGCUAUAGUCAGGUUAGAAGUGAAAUUCUUCAGCACAAAUCUGCACUCAGUAUUAAUGAAGCUUAUUCAAUGGUGAUUUAA